GAUUUUAGCCGUCGGAUUAAAAAACGAGAUAGAAACCCUAGAUCAAAACACCUAGGGUUUUUGUAUAUAAACUACAAAAACACGCCGCUCCCCAAAAAUCUCUCUCGUUCCUCUCCUCCAUUCGUCGAAGGCGAUCACAGAACGAGCACAAUGGUAUUCGUCAAGGCCCAGAAGUCAAAGGCUUACUUUAAGCGAUUUCAAGUGAAAUACAAGAGGAGGAGAGACGGCAAGACUGAUUAUCGUGCACGCAUUCGUCUGAUUAAUCAGGACAAGAACAAGUACAAUACUCCUAAGUAUCGAUUUGUUGUCCGAUUUACCAACAAGGAUAUUAUUGCACAAAUAAUAUCUGCAAGUAUUACUGGUGAUAUUGUUAUGGCUGCUGCUUAUGCUCAUGAGCUGCCUCGUUAUGGUCUUGAAGUUGGUCUAACCAACUACGCUGCGGCAUAUUGUACUGGUCUUCUGUUGGCUCGCCGUGUCUUGAAAAAUCUUGAUAUGGACGAGGAAUACGAGGGGAAUGUUGAGGCAACCGGAGAGGACUUCUCUGUUGAGCCUGCUGAGAGCAGGAGGCCUUUCCGUGCUCUCUUGGACGUUGGCCUCGUUAGGACCACCACUGGAAAUCGUGUUUUCGGUGCUCUCAAGGGAGCACUUGAUGGAGGUCUCGACAUUCCUCACAGUGAAAAGAGGUUUGCUGGUUUCAAGAAAGACGAUAAGCAGCUUGAUGCUGAGGUUCAUAGGAAGUACAUUUUCGGGGGCCAUGUUGCUUCUUACAUGAGGAAUCUGAUGGAGGACGAGCCAGAGAAAUAUCAGUCUCAUUUUAUUGAAUACAUCAAGAGAGGAAUUGAGCCUGAUAACAUGGAAGAGCUCUACAAGAAGGUGCAUGCUGCCAUCAGAGCAGACCCGACUCCAUUGAAGUCCACCAAGGAACCACCAAAGGAGCACAAGAGAUACAACUUGAAGAAGCUUACAUACGAGGAGAGAAAGGCUAAGCUCAUUGAACGAUUGAAUGCUCUCAACUCUGGUGCUGGUGGUGAUGAUGAGGAUGAGGAUGAAGAUGAUGAGUGAAGAUGUCAUAGAGUUUAGUUCUUUUGCUAUGGGGUUUCAUGAACUGGUUUUAUUUGCUUUAUUUGCAUCCAACUCUGUUAUUUCCUUGUCGUCGUUAGUAUGGCCUGCUUUUGGUGAUAAACAGAAGACUGUUAUUGACAUCCUCAACGAUAUUCCGAAUUUUGACUUAGUUAUAUAUAAACUGGCGUUUGCAGCUGAUUUGUUUAAA